AUGUCUUUUAUCGAGCCAUGGUCUCAGCCUGAUACUAUCAAGCAGCAACCUGGACCGCUCGGAUGGCGGAGCGGGAAAUGGGAGAAUAGUGACAACCCCAAUAUUCUCAUGGGAAACUGGGUAGAAAACUCUUUCGAUACCGAACGUCAAAGGUUACCGCCUCUAUUACCUAAUCAGCUGUCCAACUACUUCCGAACAACAUAUGCUACGGAUUAUAACAAGAAAAGUCAACUGAUCCCAGCUGAGUUGCGUAUGUGGAAAGAUCUUUACCCACGAGCAUUUCCUGGGCACCAACCCGAACUGGAUCCACAUUAUUUUCGAACAUAUGGACAAAAAGUGUUGACGACCUCGCAGGAUUCCUACCGCAAUCCUAAAGAAUUUGUCAAUUGGUCCACAAAUCUAUUGAAUUUUGGCCCUGCCGGUUGGAGACCGCGAUCCUUACAGCCCUUGAGUAAUGUAAACUAUCAAAGAUCCUAA